ACUACUAAUAAUAAAUAGUUAGUUUUAACAAAAAUGUGUUCACUUAGUAUUACGUUAACGUGCUUUUUGCUGAUAGCGAGAUCGUGUGGUCAAAACAUCGACGGUGCCAUUGGAUUUCCAGAAAAGGAGGAAAAUAACCAAAUUAAAAAUAAAGAGAAUCGUGAGCCCGUGUUCCUGCCGUCAAUGUGUCCAGUGGACCAGCUCUACUACCCCGGCGACCAGAAGGACGACUGGAUUUGCGACUGCAGGCCGUCGUACCUCUACCACCCGGCGACCGACAGGUGCUGGCCGGCCUACCGCCGAGGGCCUUGCAAGGAGAAAGAAUACCUCAUGCUGCCAUCCAACACUUACAUACCUGCCUGCGUGCCGAACCCAUGCUUAGUGGACUCCUACGUUCCAUGGAACAGAAAAUGCCAUCAACUUGGCUUGACAACCCCCUGUGCGCAUUUGUACCCUAACUCAGCAGCGCUAGGCGUAAACGCUACCACUUUACAUAUUGGCUGUGUAAAAUUAAAUAUUGAGUCUAGAUUCCUUGAGCCGACUGUUCAGUUGCCGUUGACGGUUGUGCCUUGCCCGCCGGGAUGCAAAAGAAGUAUAAAUGGGAAAUGUACUAAUAAUUAGAACGGACUAUAACUCUUUGUUGUAACUUGUUACUGCCUACUAGUACUAUUAAAGUUAAGGAUAGUUAUAUUAGGUAGGUAUAUGAAUUAUAUGAUUAAUACAUAGUUGAUAAUUAGUCAAAAAUGAA